GGGCUCGGAGCAAUCAGAGGCAAUCUGGGAGGACCUGACCUCAGUCCACCCGGAUCAAUAAGCGAGUGAGAGAGGGGCGCUCAUCGGCUGAACACUUUUCAUUGCGCGCGCGCUUUCACGUGGAUCGCCGGUGUCAGAGGGGACAGUGCGCUUGUGUUCAGGUGCUGGGACCUCGAGUGUAGCACCAUGGCUCUCCCGCAGCUUGGCUAUAAGUAUGUAAGAGCGCUGUAUCCCACUGAUCGGGCCGGAAUGCUGGCGGGCCGUGUGGGUGCUGAGCUCAGCCCGACCAGCAACAUCUCUAACUCCCUGUCUGUGUACGGAUCUCCGUUCAGCGCCAGCCAGACAUACAGCGCCUUCCUGCCCUACUCCAGCGACGUUUCCGUGCUCAACCACCUGGCCAGUCCAUACGAGCUGAAAGAGAGUCCCGGUAUGCAGCACCCAGGGUUUCCCGCUGCGCACCCAGCUUUCUUCCCUUAUAGCCAAUAUCAGUAUGGAGAUGCGUCUCGACCCAAAAACGCCACUCGCGAGAGCACAAGUACUCUGAAGGCCUGGCUGAGCGAGCAUAGGAAGAACCCAUAUCCCACCAAGGGCGAGAAGAUCAUGCUCGCCAUCAUCACCAAAAUGACCCUCACCCAAGUGUCCACCUGGUUCGCCAACGCGCGCAGGAGACUGAAGAAGGAGAACAAGAUGACCUGGGUACCAAAGACACAACCGGACGAAGAGGGAAACGUUUACCCGAGCGACAACGAAGGCGAGGAGGACAAGCGGGACGAGGACGACGACGAGGAGAUAGAUCUGGAGAACAUCGACACGGAGAACAUCGAGAAUAAGGACGACUCGGACUGUCGGGACGAGCUCAGGUCGGAUUCCAAAAUUACGGAAACGGACAGGAGUGACUCGGACGCGUCCGAGGGGUUUGAGGACACGCAGAGACAGGAGAAAAGUUUUGUAAAAAGCAGCGGGAUGAAAGGCAUGGACAGCUGCGCGGAGGGACAGAGGGACGAGGACAGGAAAAGCCCCACAGCAGAGCCUUUGAGGAAUCUAAAUCCACCACAAAAGCCCAAAAUUUGGUCUUUGGCUGAAACAGCAACGACACCAGAUCAUCCGAAAAAGUCUGCAGUAAUGAGCAGGACUGCUGUGCAGAGCUCUGCGGGGAACAUGCACAACUGGACAAAAAUGGCCAUUUCUGCUCAGCAGCUCGCAUUAACACACCAUUACUUUGGACUUAAACAGCCGAGCAACAACGUUAUGAUUAACAAGCACGCAGACGCCAGGACUCACGCCUUAUGAGCCCCUUCCUUACAGACUAGAGUGGACAGUGAAAUAAAUAUUUUUCGUCGUGUUUUUCUAUUCGACAUUCUCCGCAUGGAUAAAUGCAAUACUUCAUUUCCGCGUCAUAAAAAACAGUAAUUUUGUUGGAGAAAAUAAGAGAAAGUGUCUAUUGAUUUUUUACAUAAAUAAGGCUUUGGAUUUGUAACAUAGCUACGGAUGUUGCCUAGCACUUCCCUUAAUAUGAGAGUAUAAUAGAGUAAAUGUUUAUAUUGCUAACUUAUCCACCUUUUCGCUGUGUUUAUUUAUCAGAGCCAUGUGAUCACCCUGAUCUGACCACCAGUCCACUGAAUGAAAUGGUUUAAGGAACAACCUCACUGCAGCAAUUUACUUAAACAUUCUGGAAAUUACGUUUUAUUCAUUUAAUGAUAUGAAAAAAGAACGGUGCCUUUAAAAAACAUUAAUGAGAUCCAUCUCCUGCUUUAAGACUGAGUGCAAACAAAUAAAACCUCAAACGAAAUAGUUUAACAACUCUCCCCUUUUAAACUGAUAUUGUCUAAAUGAUUACACCAAGACCAUUUUUAUUGUGAAACUAAUUUUACAGAUAUGUGUGGUUAUUUCUGAAUGCAUAUAUCUCUCCAUAAUGUAAAAAGAUUUGUUUUAAAUUCGUUUUUUUUCUUUUUUUAAGUACAACACUUCGGCCAUUAUCGAAUAUGUUUUACGCAUCUAUUAUUUAACAGGUUAUGAAAUCACAUUCUGUAAAUCAAACAUUAAACUCGUUUCUUUUAUGAAUGGUGUACACUACAAAAUUAAUUUGAUUAUGUGAAUUGUUUUUUUUUUUUUGUAAAUGCAAAAUGAACUUUACUUACUUUAAAUACUGUACAAAACUAUUUUAAAAAAUAUUAAAACGAAAGCACACUCUAACUAAACAAAUGCAGCUGCACAUGUUAUGUCUGAGAUUUUAUGGGGG